AUGCUGAACGAAACCACCUCAUCAUCAUCUUCCUCACCUUCUUCCCCACCAUAUUAUAUUCUCUCAUCAGACAACGAACCCUCUGACCCUCAAUCCCCCACUCAAGCUCAACUUCAGGCACGUGCUCUGGCCUCAAAGCAGCCAUCACAAACUGAACCUGAACCUGAACCUGAAGUCACCUCCCCACCCCCUGAACAACAAAAUCCACCUCCAUCUGAUCAACCUCAAACACCAACUCCUGAACAACAAACUAAUCCACCUCCUGAACAACCAAUACACUCACCAUCUGACCAUCAACCAAAUCCACAACCUGAACAAACAACACCAUCUCCCUCUGAUAUUCCCCCAUCACCAACCUAUGAUGCCAUCAUCACUCCUACUCAAAAUCCAGAUGAAACCAAUCCAACUUCACCACCCUCCCCAUCCUCUAGCCCUGAACCAGAAAUUGCCUUCCCCAUAUUAUAA